AUGCAUACGAGUGAUAAUAUAACGAUACCAAUUGUACCAAGUUUUGUGGUGCAAGAAGAAGGUGCGCGAAAAGUACUUGUUUAUUUAAAUAUCCCAGAACUUAAAGUUAAAAGAGCAUUUCCAAAUAUUUUUAAAUUCCUUCCAUCAAAUGGACAGGAAAAAGUGCUUGAUUUUCAAAAUCAAUCGUUUACAUUUACAAUGAAUGUUCAAACAAAAUUAUAUUCAAUUUCAAUUGCACGAUUACCAGGAGAAAUUCAACCUGAACGUUGCUCAAUUAUGUAUCAACGUGGUGGUUGUUGGAUUACAUUAUAUAAAUUAGAAUCAAUGUCUUGGAUGAAUAGAAUCUGCGAUGAUCUCGUUCCCGGAUUGGAUACUCAAGAAAGCUAUAAUCAGACUCCACAAGCAUCAGCGCCUGCUGAAGAAGUACAAUUAAAAGAUACUGAUAUGCCACCACCAUUCAAUUCGGUUCCUCUAGCACCUCCUGUACCACCUCGAUCAUCAUCAUCAAAAAAGGCACCAGCACCACCGCCUCCAACUCAUUAG